UGAAUCAUGUGACAUGCGCACUCGGCCCUGUUGUUGAGUUUGUUAUGACAAGUCGAGGCCUCGGACUAAAUUAGGAAGCGAAGCCCCUGUUUCUGUCCGGGCGAAUCGGAAGAUGGAGGGCAUGGAACUGGACAUAGACCUGGACCAGGAGCUCAUGCAGAAAUUCAGCUGCAUGGGAACAACAGACAAAGACAUCUUAAUCACGGAGUUUCAGAGGCUGCUCGGCUUCCAGCUCAACCCCGCCGGAUGCGCCUUCUUUCUGGACAUGACCAACUGGAAUUUACAAGCAGCCAUCGGAGCCUACUAUGACUUUGAGAGUCCCAACAUCAGCGCGCCGUGCAUGUCCUUUGUGAGUGACGUGACGAUUGGUGAGGGAGAAUCAGUUCCACCAGACACACCUUUCACGAAGACCUGGAGAGUACAGAACACAGGUCCAGAGUCCUGGCCUCCCGGUGUUUGUCUGAAGUAUGUCGGAGGAGAUCAGUUCGGUCAUGUAAACAUGGUGAUGGCGCGGUCUUUAGAACCUCAGGAGGUGGCUGAUGUCAGUGUUCAGAUGCAGAGCCCUGCGACUCCUGGCAUGUACCAGGGCCAGUGGAGGAUGUGCACAGCCACCGGACUGUACUUUGGAGAUGUCAUUUGGGUGAUCCUGAGUGUGGAAGUUGGAGGCCUCCUCGGCGUCACACAGCAGCUUUCCUCUUUUCAAGCAGAGUUCAACACCCAGCCUCACCGCGCUCUGGAGGGCGACUACAACCCCUUCGCCUCUCCAGAGAAGAGCAAGUGCCCCAACAGCAACAACAACAGCAUGCACGAUGCCAGCGGACACAGAGGCCCAGAGGAACAUUGGCAGGGAAACCCCAACCAGCUGCAGCAAGAUCAGAAUGGACUUUCACACAACUCUGUGGAUCUAGUAGCAAACAGUCUACAAAGCAAUCUAUCAGUAGUAUCUUAUAACCAGGGUAUACAGGAGCCUUUUCCUUUCGGGCACUCUUAAAUCUUGGGACUUGUCACAGUGAAGCAGCACUGAACCUCUGGAGUCUGUCACACCAAUACAAGAAAGAAGAUGCUUUAUCAGUAGCUGGUAAAGAGUGUGGAGAUUCAAAAAAAACUUUAUGCAAAGACCAGCUACACUUUGACAAACCAGAGGCCAACGCUCCGACGUGCAGCUCAACAACAUCCCACCACUCACUGUAUGCACGUGUGAAUGCUAAGUUAAAAAUGAGUGCUAUGAGUCUUUUGAGUGAUAACUUCUUUCUUUUUCUUUUUUCAGAUUUUUAGUUGUCAGAGUGCAAAUGAAAUAAUGAUGACGGGCGUGUGUGUGUGUGUGUGUGUGUGUGUGUGCGUGUGUGCGUGUGUGUGUGUGUGUGCAUGUGUGUGUAUUGUGCAACCUGAAAGAGAGACUAUGGAGGAAAAGCCAUUUAUUUUGCCAACUGAUUCUCCAGUUUCUGCUCUGACUCUUGAUAUAUACAUUCAUUUUUUCUGGACCUGUAACUAAAUCAAAAAAAUAUGGACAUCUCUGAAACCAACCAUUGGAUUUCUUUAUUUACUUUUUAUCUUUUAAUAUCCACUUUAGAGUAAGGGGGACAGCCACAUGCUUUGGAAAUACAUCUCAAGGUCCUUCAUGGCUUGUGCAUUAUGGGCAGUCAUUUUGAUGCUUUCAUAGUACCUACCAUUUUUAAAUGCGAUGCAAUUUCCUCCACUGGGGGGGGAGUGAGACAUUAUUCUAUCAAACAGAAGAUAAGAGAAACAGAUAUUUACAGUAUAUCUAAGUUUAUUCUGCCUCAUUGUACAGACAUUUUCUUCUGGAUCUGGAGCCAACCAUUUUUAUUAUGCCUUCUAUAGUCAGGUACUUUAUAUAUAUUCAUAUACAGAAUAUUUGCAGAAUAUGAUGCAGUAUUUAAAAAAAAAAAUCCCUGUUAUUGUAUUAAGCUUUUUAGUUUUGCUUGGAAAUAAAACACAAGAUAAGAGAAUAAAGCAUUUAUGACAUACGACAUUGAAUCCAAGCCAUAUGAAGAGCGGUAAAAACAUGACUUCAUAAAAAACAAAUGUUCUUAGUCUGAAUUUCUAUUUGAAAAGCUGUCAUAGAGUUUAUCAUAUUAAGUUGAAUGUAUUUGAUGAAUGUAGUAGAAGAUCAUUAUUUGGAAACAUUCAUUUACCCAAAGAUACAGCAUUGUAUAUUUGCAUUGAAGUGGCCGUUUUAUUAGUAUAAUUAUUGUUCCGAAUAUCCCUGUUUAUUGUUAAAACGAUGCUUACAUUAUGCCACAUUAGAGUCUGCACUUCAUAGUCGAGCUCAUUAAACACAUCUGAUCCUUGUUGAUGGUUUCAGAUGCAAACUGAACUGCACCAGUGACAGACGGCUCUUUGCAUUGUUACUGCAUAUCUAUUUGCACUAACUGUCUGUCCAUGAUAAGGCCUGUCUGUGUCCCACAAAGACAGUUAUGUCCUGAAGGGUCUGUGACUUUAUCUCAUCAUCUACAGCCCGAGUGUGAGACCACCUCUCCAGGUAAACCCUCUGUUAUUGAGGCACAAACUGUAAGCCCCAGGGUUACUGCGCUCUGACAACAGGACAAUACUACACCACGUGUUCACGGUAUGAAUGUUCCUCCUGGCUCUCGAUGCCAAUUCAUCAGUAUGAUAUUUAGUUCUGAGUCUCUCUGGGGUUUCCACUGGCCAGAUUGCAGAAUGAAUCAGUUGGCAUUAGACUCAUACAACAGCACAUUUUUGAGAGUGAGGAAGUGCAAACGGAUAAGCUUUUUCCCCCUGUAUGUUUGAUGAAUGUUUGUAUGAUUAAAUUAUCACUGAAAACUCAA